CCAGAGCUCCCGAGGGGGCCUGGCACUCGAGGGUCAGCAGGGCUCUCCAGGGUUGGAGGUCGCCAGGCCCCAAGGUCAAGGUGCUCUGGACAUGGGCAAGGACCGAGGCUGACCCUGGGAGACCGUGAUGCCUAGGGCAGGGGUCUCCUGGCAGUGAGAAUGCUGUCAAGUGGCCUUGAGGACGGGCAGUGCCACUGUCUUCAGAGGUAACGGGCACACUGAACAGGGCAGCAGUGGGCUGGUGAACCGCGAGGUGCCAGCCUGAGAUCCACUGGCCUCUGCAUCCUCGAAAUCCACAAGCCAGGGAGAAAGUGUGGGUGGGUUUGAUAAACGAUAAUAGGAGAAUUAACUGGGUGUCUAUCCACAAAACAGAUGCUUUUAAACUCACACUUGGUACUCACCUGUGAGAUUACCUCCGACAUUGGAUUAAUUAGAACAUUUAGGGAAAAUGAGAAAACAGGAUUAAGUGAAAUUCAGCAGGUCUCUGAGAGAACUUUCCUGAACACAGACACAAAACCACUCACAAGGGAAAGCCCGGAACCCCAGACCUGAGCACGUGUCUGGCCCACACACCCCUCUCCUCUCAGUUAACAAGGGAUCGGGCCCCUGAGGUGACUCCGCCAGCCCUUCCUGUCUGAGACCAAGGUUCUCCUUCCGUCACCGGCCCCCAGCUUGGGGUCACCUGCCCCUCUCCAGCCUAGCAAGCUGCACAGUGAGCAUGAGAACAGAAAUCAGAUUCCACUAUGUCCUGCUCAGAACCCUGCUGGAUUCUCAUCACUGGGCUGGUCAGAGAGCCCUGGGGCGACCGCCUGCUUCUCCCCCAGCCUUCCUUCCGUCCCCUGGCCAGGCACUUCUCCCUGCCCGCCCUGUGCUCCAUCCUUGUGUCCGCCCGCCUGCCACAGCCUCUGCUGUUUCUGCUGCCUUCCCAUCCCCCGCUUCCCGUGGUCAGUUUCUCCACGCCCCGUGCCUGCUAUCGGACUCGGCUUUGUCUGGGCCUUCUUUCCACUGCCCUGAGAGUGCCCUGAGGACAGGGGGUCUGCACCCCCACCCUUCUGCAUUCGAGGACCAGUCCAGGACACCAAGCCACAGGCUGCCACCUCUGAUGCGCCAACCCCCUCACCCGUCCCCAGCUUCGAGCAUGGUCCUAAGGACCCAGAAUCACCUGCAGAGAACUGCCUUGCAGACCGAGGCUUGGCUGGCGGGCAGAGGCCUGGAGAAGCUCACCUGUCUCCCCACAGUGCAGGGCGGGCCUGGACCUGAGACAGAGCACCCACCCCACCCAGCCAGCUCUGCUGCCGCCUCCUUGUGAAGCCGCCUCCCAGGAGGACUCGCCCCCGGAAGGAGGGCCCGGGAGGAGCCCCAACCCUUCAGCUGGACCCGCGUGUGUACCCGGAAUACGUCCUGGGGCUUCAGCUCUGCCUCUCUAACUGUGCCCCCCACAGAGGUGGGCCCAGGAAGACUGGAAUAUGUUGGUUCUUUCAGGAAGAGACCAGACACCCCCCCCUCCACCAGGUCACCAAAGGGGUUGCCCCUGCAGUCCGGGCUUCUUAAUGCUAGAAUUUUUCUAAUGCCAGAGGUUAAUAUUUUACUUUUCUCUCUGUGAACAAGAAAAGUUCCUGUCUCUGAGUCACUCUGAACAUUGUUCAGAUCUUGCAUAAUUUCUAAAACAGUGGGCAGCGUGGACACCAGCGAUGCACCCCGUGUCCGUCACUGCUGUGGGCCAUCCACUCUCCCUAGGCUCUGGUCCCUGCAGGCGCGUUGUGGGCACCCCCC